GGAAAUUCUAACAUUAUCCACAGGUGAAAAUAAUUGACAGAAAUUCUAACGUUAUUCACAGGUGAAAAUAAUUGACAGAAAUUCUAACGUUAUUCACAGGUGAAAAUAAUUGACAGAAAUUCUAACAUUAUCCACAGGUGAAAAUAAUUGACGGAAAUGGACACAUAGUUCCGGUUAACACAAAUGGAGAACUAUGUACACGAGGUCACGUGACUUUCUUGGGUUAUUGGGAUGAUGAAGAGAAAACCGCCGAGGUUAUGACUCGAGAUCGUUGGUACCGCACUGGAGAUAUUGCCGUGAUGGACGAAGACGGUUAUAUCAGCAUUAUUGGUAGAAUUAAAGAGGUGAUAAUUAGGGGAGGUGAAAACAUCUACCCUCGGGAAGUAGAAGAGUUCCUUCACACGCACCCAUUUGUCGCGGAAGUCCAGGUAAUUGGAGUUCCAGACCCACGACUGGGAGAAGAAGUGGGCGCCUGGGUAAAACUGAAGAACGGAACAACUUUAACAGAAAAAGAACUUCGUGAAUACUGCAACGGAAAGGUGGGUAACUUACUUUAA